AUGGUAAUCGUCUCUACGUUAUUUAUUCCCUUCGCUGAUCGUGUUUUGUUAAAGAAGGUCAUUCCUGUUGCUAAAUCCGUGGGUGGUAUUCUUCUUCCCGAAGAUUCUGUGCCCACUCGUAAUGAGUGUGAGGUGAUUGCUGUUGGUCCUGGCAAGUACGCUGAAAACGGUAACCUCAUUCCCUGCAGCGUGAAGAAGGGAGACAGAGUGCUUGUUCCUGGAUUCGGAGGCGACCACAUCAAGAUCAACAAUGAGGAUUACUUGGUCUUCAACAACAAUGAUAUUAUUGGUAUUUUCCAGUAAGUUCUGUCUAAUAUUGGGUCA